AUGAAGUUGCAAACUGCAUUGCUGAUUUUGGCAGCUCCGCAUGCUGCCUUCUCUUUCACAGCGCAGACUAGAUCAGAUGCUUCAUGGCGCCAAAGUACCUCUCUGUCCAUGGCUGAUAGACGAGUAGUUGUAACGGGAAUGGGUAUUACAUCCUGUCUUGGAAACACGCUCGAGGACGUCACUAAGAGUUUGAAGGAAGCUGAACCCGGUAUUUCAUUCCAAGAUAAAUUUGCUGAGCUUGGUAUCAAAAGUAAUGUUGCUGGUGUUCCCGCCCUCACUGAUGAUGACUUCAAGGAGCUUAUCCCCAAGGGUGCUCUUCGUUUCAUGGGAACCAACGCCAAAUACGCUUACAUCGCCAUGGAUCGUGCCGUCCAAGAUUCUGGAUUGAAACCCGAAGAAUACCAAGAAAACAGCCGUGUUUGCGCCAUCAUUGGACAAGGAGGAACCAGUAUUCCUGACAUUGUUGAAACUUGUGACGCAGUACUGGGAGGUGCCAAGCGCUGGAAAAAUAAGGUUGGCCCCUUCCGUGUCACACGAUCGAUGGGAUCAACAUGCAGUGCCGUUCUUGCCACCAACUUCAAGGUGCAAGGUCCAAGCUAUUCCAUCUCCAGUGCUUGCAGUACCGGAGCUCACUGUAUUGGAACUGGUUUCGAACAAAUCCUUUUGGACAAGGCUGAUAUUGCAUUUUGCGGGGCUGGUGAAAAUGUAAACUGGCAGUUCACAAGUAUGUUUGACUGUAUGGGGGCUCUCUCCACAGGUUACAAUGAGAGUCCCAAAGUUGCUUCUCGUGCAUUCGAUAAGAACCGCGAUGGUUUCGUAAUUGCCGGAGGAGGUGGUAUUGUUGUAUUGGAAGAGCUCGAACACGCUAAGGCUCGGGGUGCUAAGAUUUACGCAGAACUUGUGGGAUACGCCGCCAACUCUGAUGGUUACGACAUGGUUGCUCCUUCUGGAGUCGGCGGACAAAAAUGCAUGGACGCCGCCAUGGAAGAUGCUGCCCGACAUUCGGACGAUAAACCUGUUGAUUACAUCAACACUCACGGAACUUCAACACCAGUGGGUGAUAUCGCUGAGCUUGGGGCAAUCAAGGCUCUCUUCACAGAAAAGGGAUACCAACCCAAUGUUGGUUCCACAAAGUCUUUGAGCGGACACGCUCUUGGAGCUGCCGGAGUACACGAAGCUAUUUAUUCAAUCCUGAUGAUGAACAAUGACUUUAUGGCAGAAUCAGCGAAUAUCGAAGAGUUGGUCGAUGAGGCCGAAGGAAUGAGCAUUCUAACAAAAAGAAAGGACGGACCCUUCAAGCGAGCAAUGUCCAACAGUUUCGGUUUUGGCGGAACAAACUGCGCUCUUGUCUUCGACAAGUACGAAGAGUAA